UUGACACUGCAUUUAUUCACUUACGUGUUUGUUGCAGCACCAUGGCUGAUACCAAGACAGAAGAUGAAAUAAUCCUCUUUGAAAGAGAAAUUAAAGAGUUUUGGACCAAAUUUAAAAGCAUUUAUGGUAUUGAACAGAACAGUCAGACUUCAGCACUGAGAGACUCAUGCAGGGAGUCCAUAAAAGCAAUUUCAGAGAAAUGGUCCAAGAAGCUGGAAGAAGGGGACCUGAUGAUUGAUAAAAUUCAGGAGUUUAGCAAUGAGAUUCUCCAGCAGAGCCAACGUGUAUCAGAAAAUCAAGAGCAUUUGACAGAAUUAAAAUCUAACCUAAAUCAAGAAGAGCAGCAAAAGAAGGACUUGACUGAUAGCAUCCAAAAACUUAAAGAAGAGUUGAUGAAGAAAAAGGAAAUAAUAGCUUCUAAAAACAAAACCACUAAGGAGAGAGUGGAACAACUCUGCAAGUCUAAAGUGUUGUUUGAAGAGCGGCUUGGAUUGGAGAUACGCCGAGUUCAUGAUGAACAAUUAGAGUUUGUCUUCAGACACAUUGAUCACAAAGAUCCUGACAAGCCAUUUGUGUUCACCCUUUUCAUAAAUGAACAAGGAGAUUAUGAAGUGACUUCCUGUACUCCUCCUCUGGACUGUAUAGCAGAGUUCCAGCUCAAAGUGAGAGAAACUAACAAUUUUUCUGCGUUCAUUGCCAACAUCAGAAAAGCUUUCACUGCUUUAUCUUAUAAACAGUCUGCAUAAAACGAGCUUAUGCUGCUCUUUCUAGCUGUGGAGCACUCUUUUCUUUCCUUCCUGUAUUGUGAAAGUAUGUACUUAUUUGUGUCUUACUCUAAUAUCCAAACAAAAAAAUAAUGAAAACAAUA